AUGACCCCAGCUGCUGCUCCAUCUGGUCCGCUCGAGGCGGUGCUCAGCAGCGUCAAGCCAGCGCCAAAGGAUUUCCCGACGCGGGCUGACGAGGAAGUGCGCAAGAUUCACUACAUUGAUUCGACUAUUCAGCAUCCGAGCACACCAAUAGCACUGCUGUCGACUGCAUCAACAGGAGGCAACCCAUCGAGCUCAGGGACCACCUUGCCGUUGCCUGUCGGGGGUGCCUCCGUCAAUUCACGGCCCGAGGAUGCGCGGACCAGCCAGGCAGCUUCGUCAGCAGCAGCCUCCUCGACUUUGGCGGCAAGCACUCAAGAGGCUGUCUGUACUCCGCUCGGCUCACCCGUCGGCUCAGCUGCAAGCUCAUCCUCGCAUCUUGUCAACUCAGCAGCCUUGUCAGGUGUCCCAUCCAGCCAUGCUACCGAAGCAACGCUUGCGAAGCCUAACGACCCGCCAGCUGCUGACACGGCUGCCAGUUUGACAGAUGCCAAGCCCGCGCCACUCGCCACCACAGCGUCCACUUCGGCUGCGUCCACUCCGGCUUCUACACCGGGCGCGACUCCGCUGACGUAUGCGCGAAAGAGAGGCCGGCCACGCAAGCAUCCGCUUCCUGAUCCCAAUGCGGUCGCUCCAAAGGGCAAGCGCAAGCUCAGUCCAGACAGCGUCGCCGCUACCACUGCCAAGAAGAAGUCAACCUCAGCUGCUGCUGCCCGUUCGGCUGCCUCCAACGCCGGGUCGUUACUGUCCGUUCCAGACCUCGGCCGUCUCAUACCGCAAGGUUCGACGUCAGACAACGCUCAGACGUUUAUUCAGAACAACGUGCGUUUGUUUGCCGAUCUCUUUGUAGCUCUUCAGAAGCAGGCUACCACCGACAAUGCCGCUUGCGACGCACCACAAAGCAUACUGGCUGGCUUCACACACUACGGCGAGGAGCAAGCUUCCCGAAGCGACAGUCCAACCGCUAAAGGCAUCGCAUCCGCGGCGGCAGCGACGCCAAUCUGCGAAGAGGGCAACCCCUCUGUCGGUGCAACUUUAGCGGCUCCAGCUUCGCAAGUGAACGCCGCUGCCGGUGGGGUCACACCACCUCACCCUGUCUCUGGCCCGAGUGAUGCCAUCCGCGACCAAGUCAAAAACAAGAUCGCCGACAUUGCCAAAGGCCGCGAGGCCAUUCAAGCCGAGAUGCUCCAGAUGAGGGUGGACGCCAGCUUCUUUGAGAAUGCACAAAAGACGGUCGACGAACGCAUCGUGGUGCUGCGAGACCGCAUUGCUAAGCAUACGGCGCUGCUGCAACAGGAGCGAGAAGCCACACGCAGGGCGAGGGAAGCCAAUCGCAAGGCCAAGAAGGAUCGCAAGGUGAGGGAAAAGAGUCUACGCGAUUCAGAAAAGGAGGAACGUCGGCUGGCGCAGACGUUUGCGCAGCUCGAACGCGAGCUUGCGGCCGAAGAGGAGGAGCGCCGCCGACUCGAGGAGGAUGGGUCGAGCGAUGAAGAAGCUGAUGAUACGGGGCCACCAGCAGCCACUGCAGCAAAACACCUGCUUGCAGGAUUGGAUGACGGUGCCGUCGCAGCAAGCCCGUCGGAAGCUACCUCCUCCGCCAUCGCAACACCUUCCAUCGCCACUGACUCGGCUAUGACUCCCGACCGCACCAUCGGCUUUAGCGACGAAGAGCUCGCCAAGGUGCUCGGCAUCUCGACGAGCGAGCUGGCGGGCUUUAGUCAGACGCUGGACCUCGCGCCACUGCAAGCGGUACCCCUGCCGUCCGCCGCGCAGACUGAUGCGCCGGGCUUGCUGCCGCCUGCGUCGGAAGAGCAUCAGCUCAGCGCGGAGACCGAGGACCCGAACGGCGAUAGCUUUGAUGUGGCUGCGUUCCUCGAGAUGGCCAGCUCGUUUGGGACGCCUGCUGAAGGUGGCGCGUCUGGCGAUGCCUCUGCGGUGCAACGGCAGCAGUAA